AUGAGUAAUAAGACGAGACAUUCAUAGAGACAAAAGAAAAUAAACUAAAAUUUGAGACAAGUAGAUAGCGAUACAAGAAAAUAUGUUUUAAAUAGUCGUAUAGAUGAAUUAGAAAGUGACUUUUACGAUAGUCCUAAUAGGUUGGCAGAGGAUAGCGAUAAUGAAGAUUUUGAAUUAGGAAUAGAAGGUGAUACAAAAGCUAGUAGUGAUAAAAAAAAGAAGCAAAAGAAGUUAAAAAAGAAAAUCAACAAGAGAAUGAAAAAAGAAACUCAUUUAAGAAAGAAUUUUAACCUAAAGAAGCUUAUAAAAGAAGAUGAUUUGGAUAACAAGAAAGAAUAUACUAAUUUUGUAAACAUAAGAAUGAAUUCAACUAAGUACCCUACUAGAUCUUUUUGUUCAAUUUGUGGUUCACUUUCACGCUAUACUUGCCCAAGAUGUGGUGAAAAAUAUUGCGGUAUCAGGUGUCAUGAUUUGCACAAAGAAGUAUUUUGCUUAAAGUUCGAAAUUAUGUGA